UCCCUUUCACCAUUGUACAACAUGAAAGGACAACAAAAAGGAUUGAAUAUUUUAAAUCCUUUUUAUUCUGCUCCAACAACCAUGUCCGCUUCAAUCCCUUUUCCCAUCGAUGAUAGACCAACAAGGGAAUAUAAAGUAGAGAAUACAAGUCAAUUAGACCUAGACGAUCCUUCAACUUAUAAACCAAGAUCAAAUGGAAUCUAUAUCGAUGUCAUAUUUCAACAAGCUAUUUGUUCUGGUUGGCUAACUAAGCACAAGGCACCUACGUUUGCUUUCAUGAAGAGUGUCAAGAAAAGAUUUAUUGUACUUGUUGAUCGUAUGCUCUAUGCGUUCAAGUCAGAAACACCUAAUACUUAUCGAGAAUUCUUCGAGAUCACUAAGGACACUCAUGCUUAUGUCACAGAUCAUAUAUCAGGUGUGCCAUAUUGCAUCGAAAUCAGAAAGAUGGGAUAUGACGACUACAGUAGUAAUAGCAGCUGGUACUUACAAGCUGAAGACGUAGAAACGAUGAAAAAAUGGUUAAGCCAUAUUAAACACGUUAUAAUCUGCUUAAGAGAAGAAAAGGAUACUAACAAAACGAUAACAAGAGAAAGACUGAGAGCAGUCAACACAGAAGAAGAAGAGUUCUCCAGAUUAUCAACAAGAGUUAUCAAUGACAAUUCCACUUCUUCUACUGAUAGCUCUUCCGUCGACACUACCGAUUACAUGUCUAGAAAAUCAUCAUUAAAAAUUAAUACGGGUAAUUUACCCCCUCAACUGCCUCCACCAAAAUCACUUCCUCCACCUACUCCAUCUUCAUACUCUUACUUGUAAGACCUAUUUAAAAAAACAUACAUAUAUUUAUACAUUACAUUCUGCAUUUUCCUCCUCCUUUACUUCAACUAAUACAC